ACCAAGUGACAUAUAAUGUCUCAUAAUGCUAACUUUUGCUUUUCUACUUGUUUUUCUCAAGGCUAUUUUGCUGUGGCUGUUGUUAAGAAGAAAGAUGCUGAUCUCACAUGGGAUACACUGAAAGGCAAGAAAUCCUGCCACACAGCAGUUGACAGAACUGCUGGCUGGAACAUCCCCAUGGGCCUGAUCUACAACAAAACUCUUUCCUGUGAAUUUGAUAAAUACUUUGAACAAUCCUGUGCUCCUGGUGCUAAAGAAACUUCCAGUCUCUGUGCCUUAUGUAUUGGCAGUGAAAAUUCACCAAAUUUGAAUAAGUGCGCUGCUAAUAGCAAAGAAGCCUACUAUGGCUACAAUGGGGCUUUCAGAUGCCUGGUUGAGGGAGGUGGAGAUGUUGCCUUUGUGAAAGAAAGUAUUGUCCUGGAGAAUACAAAUGGAAAGAGUACAGAGAAGUGGGCAGCAAACCUGAAGAAAGAUGACUUUAGGUUAUUAUGUUUAGAUGGAACCCAGAAGGAGGUGACUAAUUUUGAGGAAUGUCAUCUGGCUAAGGCACCAAAUCACGCUGUUGUUUCGCGGAGCGAUAAGGCCGACUUUGUCCGCCAGGUGCUAUUGCGCCAACAGGAACGUUUUGGAACCCUCGGAGAGGAAAAAGAUAAUUUUAGUCUUCUCCCCAAAACCAAAAACCUCCUAUUCAAGGAUAACACUGAGUGCUUGGCAAAACUCCCAGAAGGCAUUACCUAUGAAACAUUCUUAGGACAAGAAUAUGUCACAGCUGUUGGUUCUCUGAAGAAAUGCUCAACUUCUA